UUUCCCGUUAGCCCCCGUGUUUAGAAAGACGGUGGAAAAUGAGGUAGCCAUAUUGUAGUGGAGGACCAAAAAUAUAGCAAGUCAGAGAAGCACAAAACAGAGCUAGCCAAAGUUAAAUUAUUCAAAGAAACGUUCAGUUAGGAGGGAGAUCGUUGGCAAUUUAGCCAUCUAAGACCGGGAAGACACCAUGAGUGGAGGAACCCCUUAUAUCGGGAGCAAAAUCAGCCUAAUCUCGAAGGCCGAAAUUCGUUACGAAGGGAUCCUCUACACUAUUGAUACUGAGAAUUCGACUGUCGCACUUGCAAAAGUUCGCUCUUUUGGCACAGAGGAUCGGCCCACCGAUAGGCCCAUCCCGCCCCGAGAUGAGAUCUUUGAGUACAUCAUCUUUCGAGGUAGUGACAUUAAGGACCUGACUGUAUGUGAGCCGCCCAAGCCAACAUGCUCUCUCCCUCAGGACCCUGCCAUCGUCCAGUCGUCCAUGGGCUCGGCCCCUCUGCCUGCUCCUGCUGCCGCAUCAGCAUCGUUUCAGUCGGUGGGCUCCUACGGCCUAUUCAACCGAGCCCCGGUGCCCCCAUACAACCAGUUCAGCACCAGCCCCUUGGUGUCCCCGCAGUUUGGCGCCGUUGGUGUCGGUAAGAGCCACAGCAGCACGAGGCCUGGAUAUGGAAGAUCAGUCCCCUCCUUUGGGAGUGACACAAGCUCAGCUGCACCCCAGUCUCAGAGCAGUGCUAUUGGUGCUGCUCUCCCCACUGAUUCACGCUCUCUGGGUACCACUACUACCCUUGUAUCUAAAGUCCGCACUAGCCCCUCUCUGGACCCUCUGAGGAAGAGCCCCACCCUAGAGCAGGUUGUCCAGGCCACCCCAUCAGGCCCCCCAGCCCCUGGCUUGGGCCGCAGGAGUCCCGCUCCCGGCCGCACGGCCCCAUCAGCUGCAGCUGCCGGCCCCGUCCACCAGAAGGCCCAGCAGCACCACCACCAUAUCCAGGACGGGGGUGAACCCAGGAGGACCGCUGGCUGCCCCCAACCUCAGAGGCGUGGUCGUGGUGGUGGACACCGCGGCAGGGGCCACUUCAACGUGCGCCGAGACGGGCCAAUGAAGUUCGAGAAGGACUUUGACUUUGAGAGUGCCAAUGCCCAGUUCAACAAGGAGGAGAUUGACAGAGAGUUCCACAGCAAGCUCAAACUGAAAGAUGAGAAGCCGGAGAAGGCAGCGGUGAACGGGGAGGAUAAGGGCGAUUCCGGGGUGGAGACCCUGAACAGCGAGGGCAACGCUGAUGAAGGGGGAGAGGCCCUAACGCCCAACGUAUACUAUGACAAGUCAAAGUCUUUCUUCGACAACAUCUCCUGUGAUGACAGCAGGAAAGCUGCAGAAAGAUCUGGAGGAGGCUCUGGUUUCCCACGGGAGCGGAGGCAGACCUGGGCCGAGGAGAGGCGGAUGAACUCGGAGACGUUCGGCAUCCCUCUGCGUGGGGGUCGGGGCCGUGGGGGCUACCGUGGGCGGGGCGGUAUAGGCUUCCGCGGGGGCAGGGGGCGCUCGGCCAGCAGAGGGUCCUUCGGCCCCCCCCAAGGAGGCCACGGCUACAGGGGAGGAUACAACAGAACAAGCCAGGGAGGACGGGAGUUCUCAGAGAACUUUGAAUACAGGAAGGAUAACAAGGUGGCCGCGUAAAACAACUGGAGGACGGAUCAACAGAGUUGCAACACCUCAUGUUUAAAAAUAGUUUAGGUUGCUACUUUUGACUAAAGGAAUGAAGAUGUUCUAGCUGUAUAUUUGUCACCAGCACUGGGUUAGACUGCUUGAAUGCAACUUAUUUUCCAUAUCUUUUAACAAUGGAAAUGAUGCAAUAUGUCAAACACAAAUGUCAUGAUCUCUUCAAAACUAUUUCCAGGUGGCUUAAUUGUGUAUAAGUAUCAUAUUUCAGAGGGAUAUCAGUGUUUUUUUUUUUUUUUGCAAUUGGAUUUUUUUCCCUUUUUUCUCCUAAACUUGUAUUUGAUCAUAUUCUGUUAAAUGUAGAAGGCUGUAUACAUGAGCCUUCCAACUGAGGAGCACUGACGAAGGUUUAUUUGUUUGGAUAUAUCCUGUUAUAACUUCAGCGGAAAAAUAGUCAGUGGGGUCCGUCAGUUACUUCCGUGUAUACUACACAUACCAUACCUAGUCCGCUAGGCAUCUAUUUAUCCCACUUCUCUAAAUGGCAGAGCUUGUGGUUUUUUGCUAAAUAUUCUCAACUUUUUGUCAAUAUUCUGUUUUUCAUUUACUUCCAGCUCUUACUUUAGAUGUUUUUAUUAGGGCUUUAUCAGUCUUCUGUUAAUUCUGGUUUAAACCAAGAAGGAAUCAUCUGUAUUGUCUGUUACUCCCAUUCUACACUGUAGUGUAUGGAGGAUAGAGAUGGUGCUAGAUGUUAACACUUAGCUUUAUUCUUCUGGUUUUGUGAUAUAGUUUAACUCUGGAUGCGUAACUAGGAGUAGGGAAGGAUAGGUCAGUAAUGGCGCAUAAGUCAGAACUCAUUUUCUUUAUUUUAAAAUGUUCUGUAUGUUGCCCUGUACUCAAGGGCUCCUGGUAUUGUGUGACUAGAGUUGUAUAAUGCUGCUGUUUGCUACAGUUCUUUUUCUAGCGUCAUCUACAAGAGCUAGCUAAAGCAGGCCAUCUAAGUAUGCUUCUUCCUGACAAAUGGCCCAGUUUAUCAUUGGUUACAUUUUUGUUUGUAACCUUUCUAUGGAACUUACCAAAAUGUUGGUUAUUCACUUUUACCUCUUUUUUUUUUUGCCAGGCAGUUGCUUCUGAAUUGGUUAAAACCUCAUCCUGAAUUCUCCAUUUCUUUCAAACAGGAAUGCCAGAAAUAAUUUCACCCACCAACAUUGCUUAGUACUUGAGAUGUCUGACAGAGAAACCAUGUCCUGACUAAGCUCUUGAUUCGAUGCCACUAACUCUGUCAUUGCACUGCAUGGUGGUUGAUAGCCUGCUGCAGCUACACAAUGGCAGAAGAAUUACUGAGUUGAGUACGUAGACUAUUAGAACGAGGUGCAUAGCCAUUUGGUUUUAGCGAAAUAGGCAUUAGUUACAUGGCAACAUUGAAGCUAUUUUUGGAGGAUUUGAAUAAUUGGGCACAAAUUGGUUAAUGGGAAGUAAUGAACUUUGACUGAGUAUUAGAAAGGUACACACAGUUGCACUUUUACUAUUGAAGUCAUUUUAUAAACAGUUGUCUUUUAGUUAAUUUGUGUAUACUGAGGAUGUAUUCCAGUUCUGCUAACUGGAUGACAAUAUGUAUGAGUCCCACAUGUCACCCUAGUCCCUAUAUCGUGAACUACUUGGCUCUGGUCAAAAGUAGUGCACUUUAUAGGGAAUAUGGUGUUAUUGGGGACACUUACAAUAAUGUUACCAUGGUAACUGCACAGUGCUAUUUGGUGAACUAGGCGCUCCUUCAUUUGAAAAUGUACUAGAUUUAUUCAGAAGUAUGUAAAUGUCAACAUUGCAAAAUUUGAACGUCUUGAUAAUUUCCAUUGAAGGAUAGUUAUUCCCUGGAAUUGAGGCACUGUAGUGGAAAGUGUUUUUGCUUCUGCCCCCAUUUAACUUUUGAAAGCUUCAGGUAACUUAAAUUACCAAACAUCUACGUACGACCCUUGUCUAAUUUAGUUAGGUUGUGUUUUAAGUCCCGCAUAGAAUGGACUUUUCUCUUCCUAUUAUUUUGGCAAUGUUACUCAUGCAUGUCACCUGUUGUAAUUUGUUCAGAUACUCUGUCCAAAAACUAAUUUGGCACCUUAUCGAGGCAUGCAGAAAAGUCAAUAACGUGUUAAAUUGGAUGGGGGAUGCUCAAAUUCUCACAAGUGUCUUAGCGGCGUCUUGUCUGGGACGUAGGGUGGUAAUGUAGAAUGGCUGGUGGGAUAGGAUGAAUCUCAACUGUAUUGCCUUGAUUUCUCUUUCCUUGCAUCUUCCUCAAAACACUUUGGGAGAAGAUCCUAUGCUUCAAUGUGCUUUUUUGUGAAGACAGAGGGAGGACAUAAGGAAUCAAGGAAAUAGUUGAGAUGCACCUAUAGGAUCAUGUGCCUAGUUCAGGGGAAUGUCCUUUGUCUCCAUUUCAUGUUGGGUUGUAACAAAACGAAUGCACAGAACACUGCAUGAGGGUCCUCCACAUCAGAAGCUGGAAAAUCAUGACCCAAAGCAACGAAGAUACAAUAACUUACUGAAAUGUCUGUGCUGUGGGUAGUUUGUUUGCACUUCAAGAUCUUUAAUAUUCAGACGUAAAGGUUAUUGUUUAUUUGGGUUACUUUUCCUAACAGUCUCUGGUUUCACAGCCACUUGUUUUGUCUCUAAACCCAGCAUGAUGAUCUCUCCUGUGGGCCUCGGUGGACUUUUUUUUUUUUAAAUUCAGAGCAUACAAUAAAAGUUGUUCAUUACAUUGUA